AUGGCGGAGCGUCCCAGCGGUGGCAGGAGACGCUCGCGUCGCGACAGCGCGGACACCACGAGCACGAUACGCGAUACACCGCCUACGUCCAGGGAACGUAGGACCAAACUAGGCUUCGGCAAGCCCGUCAAGGAGCGAUGGCUGCUCACCAGGAAAACGUGGCGAUACAUGGCGGAUGCCGGCCGGCGUCUUAUCCCGGAUGGCACUCACAACCGCCCGGAGGAUAUACCAAAGAUCGAGCAGUACUUUCAGGAAGUAUGCCAGAAAGAGCCGCGAUUCCUGCUCUGGAGAAAAGCCUCGUAUCCGGGCACCUUGGGCUUCCGUGCCCAGCGACGUCGCAGACAGAUCAAGAGCGGCAGCUGUCGAGCCCAGGCCAGUUCGGCCGACGAGGCCGACGAUGUCAGGAGUUCGCCGCAGAGCUUCGUUCUUCAGGCGACGACGUCUGGAAAGUUUGAUCUUGCCAAGGCGAAAAGAGAGUGGCUACUGACGUCAGGCGGCAGCAGCGGAAGCACGCCAUCGAGUCCAGUAAUGUGUCGUAAGAUACCUCAGGAGGAUGCUGAGACCAAGGAGCUGGCUGAUAUGCUACAAAAGUACCUGAACAUGCGAGGCGACGCGGCCGAUCCGGCAAGGACGGCUGCCAAGUCGCAGGGGACAAUUCAACAGAAGGAGGCGAAGGAGCACUUCGACUAUCGUAGUUUAAUAAACAAGUUACAGCAACAUCUGGAUAUGAUCAUGGCUCAGGCCAAACGCGAUGAAGCUUCUCGCCAGAGUUCUUCCAGCGGAAAAAACGUGGUUCCCGAGUCUAUAUCCUAUCAAGGCGACUACGUUCAUAAGUCGCUGAUGGAGACAUUGAGUCGUCACUAUAGCAAGUCGUCUUCUCGGGAGCAUGUCAUCUCCGACAUCUUGACGGACCGAAAGCUUCUCGAGAAACUCUACUUUGAUCUGAGAUGCACUCGAGGUUUCAGAGGACCUCGAGCGACCGGUGCGUACACCUCGCCGUCCACUCGAUGGUGGGAUCACGAAAGGAGUAGGCCGUCUACCAAAAAGUCCGACGUUUGGUCAUCCACGCAAAAAGAUCACCCAAAGAUCUCGCCACCACCUUUGAUCGCCGUUCAAGAACCCAGCACUGAUAAGUGCUUCCUCGAUGAUAGCGCGCAAACCGAUCCAGUUUCCCGAAACGUCCUCGACGCGUGUCUACUAGAGAAAGAAAAGGACGAGUCCUCCUCGCAGAAGGAGGCGGCGUCGCACAAGUCAAGCGGACGGAGACGCAGCAGCGUCGACAACGACGACGUGUCGCCAUCCGUGAGCGAUACUAUCAAGAGGUAUUUACGGAUGGCACGAAAAAAGUCCAUGGACGCGGACAAGACCGAUCGGUUUAAGCGGGUAAACUACGAUCGGAAUCUACGCAAUAUCAAGGCCAAAGGCGAGAUCACCAAGCCCGGCGACGACGACGGCAACAACAAGGGCUGCCAAACGGAGGACAAUUGGGCGGCGCACUAUCGCGAGAUGUCUUCCUACGGUCCUGGUGAAAUCCCGUCCGAGAAUUUAUCGGACGCCGACACGACGACGUCGCCGCCGGCGAGUAGAAACGCCAGCUCCAGGAGCAGCAUCGACGCCGGCCUUGGCUCCGAGGAGGCCAACACUCCCGUUAAACAUCCCCAUCACCAUCAAUCCUUCCUAUCCCAUCUCCUGCACGGUUCCAACGCGCAUAAAGAUAAGCCGCAUUCGGCACCGGGUUCGCCGGCACUCACGUCAUCGUCCGCCAAUUCCGCAGGUGGCACCGCGAUGCAGAAGAGCAAGUCCUCGAGUAACGUCGUGCAUCACGGCAGCCGGUUGGUGGCGAAGAAGAUCUGGCGCUCCAGGAGCAAGAGCACGUCAAGAGCGUCGCAUCAGCCGUCCGUGUGGACGCCUCAGGGAAAAUGCACUUGGGCAGGCACGGGAAAUCGGCGCAUAACUCUGCAGGAUACGUCGCUGCGAGCGCUGUCCGAAAUCGAGAGGAAGGUCCUCUGCAAGGUGGCCGUAGCCAAACUCCAAGCUCUCAAUCUGGGUGUGCACAUCAGACCGCCAAGCGAAACGCUCGGCAGCGGGUCGGCGACCACGAAGCCAAAGAGACGGGCGUAUCUGCUGAAGAGGAAGGCUCUAACAACGGGCUUCUUCGACAAUAAAGGGAAGGAUGAGAAAGAAAAGGACGUAGCUGGUGGUCUGGUGUUCAAUAUACCGCUGUCGCAGUGCAUAGAGAAUGAUAGAAUCGCUAGAAUCGCCGCUGGAGAGGUCACCGAUGUCGGUUGUCUGAGUAGGAGCAGCAGACACGGCAGUCGCACCAGUUUCUCCAGCCUUAUAGAAACACCGACGACCGUCGCGGCAAAAACAGAAGAGGGAGGAUCCUGCGAGUCUUUGUCGUCGAAAGGCGGUGCUCUCACAGGAAGCGAUUCCGGAGUGCUCGAAUUGAGUGACAGCGGCGGAGGAAGCUCUGCCGGUGAGUGGGAUGCGGUACCAAACGUCGUAAGGCAAUGCAUCAGGCACCUCGAGGCCACCGGUCUCCGGACGCUAGGCGUGUUUCGCGUAUCACCCUCGAAGAAGAGGGUGAGACAGUUAAGAGAAGACUUUGACUGCGGUCGGGAAACCAAGAUAGGCGCAGAUCAGUGUCCUCAUGAUGUAGCUACUCUCCUGAAGGAAUAUUUCCGUGAUCUACCAGACCCUCUGCUUUGCAGAGAUUUAUAUCAAGCCUUCGUGCAUACACAAAAGAUCAGGAACAGACGACUGCAGCAGGAAGCUCUACAGCAUCUCAUUCAACUUCUACCUACUCCCAAUCGUGAGACACUCUGGGCACUUUUGAACUUCUUGAGCGUUGUCGCGGCCAAUAGCGAGGACCAGAAGAGCGAGACUGGGGAUUGGAUUCCGGGGAAUAAAAUGGAUACGACGAAUCUCGCAACUGUGUUCGCUCCGAAUAUCCUACACUGCGUGAAGCCCAGUCAGAUGAGGUCGGAGGUCUCGGUGGAGAGAGCCGAGGAAAGGAUAGAUGUGAUAAACGUCAUGCGGGCACUCCUGGAACACACAUCGACCUUGUUCAUGGUACCGGCGGCUCUGCUGGACGAAGUGUACCAGCAUAUGAUGGACACCCAUCCAGCAGAUUUGGAUAUCGCUCUAUCUCGUCGCGCCGAAGAACAAUGCGGAGAUGAUGUGGAUCCCUGCAGCGAGGCGGAGACGUUCUCUGUGGAGGAGACGCUGACUAUGUCAACAAACACCGCGGCAACGACGACAUCGACGAAAAAGAUGUGGACGAGAGAGCAGUGUUUACAUCAAACCGCUGGGGUCGGCGGUGACAUAGGACCAAGACCGCGACGGCCCAAGAGACCAGGAAGCCGGAGAAAGGAGGAGGGCAGGAGCAACAGCGUCGAUAGCGGAUCGAGCGAGGAUCCGUCUGAUCCUCGCCGAAGAUCCUCCCCAGUAGUGAUUACCGCUAGUCUCACCAUACCCAUGUCCGACGCGUUCACCCUGAACCUCGAUGAUCCGGACAUUCCUUACAUCGAGGAGGCACCGAAGCAACCGAGUGCUCCCCCGAGGCGGCAGAGGCAGAGAUCCAUCUCCGGUUGCAGCGAAGGUGGAAGACACGGAAGUGACAGCGCUGUGGGUUCCUCGGCGACCCUGUCGGGCGAUCAAGCGCCGAGCUCCCCGCCGUCGUGGGCGUCGUCGCCCCCGGCGAGUCCCGAUAGCGCGGUCACCGCCGUCUCGUACAUCCCGGAUCAGCAAGCGGUUCUGCAGAGGGUCUCGUUCACGACCUCGAGCGAGGUGAGGCAAGUGGGCAGAUCGACCGGCCAGCAGGAAACGAUCCGGAGUAUAGCGGCGCCGUACACGCCGAGCAUCACCAGCAUCGGUGGUGCGGUUUUGAGGUCCAAGACCGCCGAUAUCGAGAGAAUGCUGCAGAUCUCGCGGCGGGACGUCGACCUCGCGUCGACCCUGCAGACGAGCAAGAACUCGACGGUGACCUCCAGCGAAAGCAAAAAGUACACGAAGAGGCGUUACACGGACACGAGGCAUCAGACACGCCACAUACCCGAUGCCGACACCCUAGCUGGCAAGACGUCGCUCGGCGUGACGUCCACGUCGGCGAUACCGUCCUCCGUCACCUCGGCGAUGACGACAACGCAGAAUCAACGUGUACAAGCGCAGCCGGUGUGGAAGAGGCGGGAACUGAUCUCUAGCGCACCGAAGGAUCGGGAGGGAUACUUUUAAAUUAUAUUCGCGUUGACAUGUCGAAUCGAGAUUGUGAUUGUCGGUGAAUUAAGUUACUUCAGCAUUAUUAUCUUGAUAUAACAGCAAAUAAAUUUUUUCUGAAAAGAUUGCCUCGAUCUGGAAGUCGAGGAUGUCUUGAAAAAAGUUGAAACGAUAUAAAUAUUUUUCUCAUUUAUCGUUUUAUAACAAAACGUUAGAUUGAAUUAUUAUAGCAAUUUUACAUAAAGAAGAAACACUUUAAACUUUUCUUUACACUCAAUUCUAUAAAAGUUGAGUCUAUUCUGAAUAAAAUGAGAAUAUGCCGCAAAAUUUAUCGAUAUAUACUGCGAUAUAUUCUCAACAAACAGGUAGAUAUGACCAUCUUAAAGUAAACAAUAGCAUAUUUUUCAGAAGUAUCAUUCUAAACAUAAAUAAGGAAGUUUAAGAACAUAAAAAGAAGUGCUAUAAAAGAAGAAAGAAGAAAGCACAUGUCCUGACAGCUUUAUAACUGUUCGACAUAUUGAUUAUAAAAUAUGCAAAGCUAUAAGAAAAAGUAUAAAUAAUUCUUAAAUUGUUAUUUAUAAGAAUACAAAGUCGAGGCGAUGGCUGCGAGAAAGAAAACA